AUGGAAACAUUUGAAAUUGUGAAAAUAUUUUUAUCCCCACUGAUUGAAAGCCCUAUCCCCGGAUCCCCCACCCCUAAGCCUGCCGAAACCGAGGACCUGAAGACAGGUAGCGAUUCCCCGCGCGGCGCCCCGGGGGCGCCAGGCCUCAACGCUGCAGGUUGCAGCAGCAAAAACGAGGAGGGAAAAGAAUCGUGUACAACUCGAGCUCGGGAUCCGGAUUCUGGGAACAAAGAGCCUAUGCAGGAAGACGAGGCAACCACACCAACGCACUCAAAAGGGCUCUCCAGCUUUUACGCAAGCGGCCCGCAACUCAACAACGCUCGGCUCCCCUUACGCCACUGGCUUGGUCCCAGAGCCUUCGCGAAUAAGGCUUUGCGCACUGCGGCGGGGCUGCGCCGCAACCGAGCUUGGCCCUCUGGCUCCUCCCCGCCGCCCUGCGCGGAUUGGUGGCAGAUGGCAGCAAGGCUGCUGAUUGGGUGGCGAAGGAGCCAUUCGGGGCGGCUCUGGCAGCAGCUGGUGGCAGCUGCUGAGUUCUCGGUGAAGGUGAGUGGAGUCGCCGCCGCCGAGCGGAGCGCUCUAAAAUGGCCGCCGUUCCCGGCCGCUUCUUCUCGAGUGGUACAAAAUGGCGGCCGCAGGCGGAACCGGGCGGGGCGACCCUAUUUUAGUGUUUCCUCUGCACUUGGGGCACCUGGAAAUUCCUGGCUUUUGCUCUCCUUUGCCUUUUCUGAUGGAGUAGAAGAAAAACUGCAGCUUGACUACGCUUCGUGUCGGGUGUUGGCAGGGUGCGCCGACGUAGGCCAGGCGGGCCGAGGCACGGUGUGCUUGGGCGGCGGGCGAGCGUGGCGCGGGCGCGGGCGCGCGCCGUGGCGGGAGGGCGAUGGGCCGCGGGAAGGGCCCAGCCGUUGGCGCGGGACCAGCGACGCGCAGGAGUCCGGAGCCCGGCCUCCCGGCGGGGCGAAGUUAAGCGGGGCCUGUCGGCCGGCUGCCCUUCGUGGGGGGAGGCAGAGGGUGAGGGCUUGGGCCCCUUUGUCGGCCCGCGGAGGCAAUGGCGAGGCGGCUGUCAGUCCCGGGGGAUUUAUGGGUGGGAGGGGGCCUACCCAGAGGCGGCGGGUGGGCCGGAGGCCGCCUUCCUGCCCCGAGAACAAAGAGCCGGGCGCUGAGCCGGCGGGGGCGGCCUCCGCCGCUGCUCCCGCCGAGGGACCCACGGCCUCGCGAGGCGCCUGUUUUUCAUUUCUACCAUCCCCUCCCUUCCCCACCCUAUCCAUUAAUAUUAUUCUUUUGAAGAUUCUUCGUUGUCAAGCCGCCAAAGUGGAGAGUGCGAUUGCAGAAGGGGGUGCUUCUCGUUUCAGUGCUUCUUCGGGCGGAGGAGGAAGUAGGGGUGCACCUCAGCACUAUCCCAAGACUGCUGGCAACAGCGAGUUCCUGGGGAAAACCCCAGGGCAAAACGCUCAGAAAUGGAUUCCUGCACGAAGCACUAGACGAGAUGACAACUCCGCAGCAAACAACUCCGCAAAUGAAAAAGAACGACAUGAUGCAAUCUUCAGGAAAGUAAGAGGCAUACUCAAUAAGCUUACUCCUGAAAAGUUUGACAAGCUAUGCCUUGAGCUCCUCAAUGUGGGUGUAGAGUCUAAACUCAUCCUUAAAGGGGUCAUACUGCUGAUUGUGGACAAAGCCCUAGAAGAGCCAAAGUAUAGCUCACUGUAUGCUCAGCUAUGUCUGCGAUUGGCAGAAGAUGCACCAAACUUUGAUGGCCCAGCAGCAGAGGGUCAGCCGGGACAGAAGCAAAGCACAACAUUCAGACGCCUCCUAAUUUCCAAAUUACAAGAUGAAUUUGAAAACCGAACCAGAAAUGUUGAUGUCUAUGAUAAGCGUGAAAAUCCCCUCCUCCCUGAGGAGGAGGAACAGAGAGCCAUUGCUAAGAUCAAGAUGUUGGGGAACAUCAAAUUCAUUGGAGAACUUGGCAAGCUUGAUCUUAUUCAUGAAUCUAUCCUUCAUAAGUGCAUCAAAACACUUUUGGAAAAGAAGAAGAGAGUCCAACUCAAAGAUAUGGGAGAGGAUUUGGAGUGCCUCUGUCAGAUAAUGAGGACAGUGGGACCCAGAUUAGACCAUGAACGAGCUAAGUCCUUAAUGGAUCAGUACUUUGCCCGAAUGUGCUCCUUGAUGUUAAGUAAGGAAUUGCCAGCGAGGAUUCGUUUCCUGCUGCAGGAUACCGUAGAGUUGCGAGAACACCACUGGGUUCCUCGCAAGGCUUUUCUUGACAAUGGACCAAAGACGAUCAAUCAAAUCCGUCAAGAUGCAGUAAAAGAUCUAGGAGUGUUUAUCCCUGCUCCUAUGGCUCAAGGGAUGAGAAAUGACUUCUUUCUGGAGGCACCGUUCAUGCCACCCAGGAUGAAAAUGGAUAGGGACCCACUUGGAGGGCUUGCUGAUAUGUUUGGACAAAUGCCAGGUAGUGGAAUUGGUACUGGUCCAGGAGUUAUCCAGGAUAGAUUUUCACCCACCAUGGGACGUCAUCGUUCAAAUCAACUCUUCAAUGGCCAUGGGGGACACAUCAUGCCUCCCACACAAUCACAGUUUGGAGAGAUGGGAGGCAAGUUUAUGAAAAGCCAGGGGCUAAGCCAGCUCUACCAUAACCAGAGUCAGGGACUCUUAUCACAGCUGCAAGGACAGUCGAAGGAUAUGCCACCUCGGUUUUCUAAGAAAGGACAGCUUAAUGCAGAUGAGAUUAGCUUGAGGCCUGCUCAGUCGUUCUUAAUGAAUAAAAAUCAAGUGCCAAAGCUUCAGCCCCAGAUAACCAUGAUUCCUCCUAGUGCACAACCACCACGCACUCAAACACCACCUCUGGGACAGACACCUCAGCUUGGUCUCAAAACUAAUCCACCACUUAUCCAGGAAAAGCCUGCCAAGACUAGCAAAAAGCCACCACCGUCAAAGGAAGAACUACUUAAACUAACUGAAACUGUUGUAACAGAGUAUUUGAACAGUGGAAAUGCAAAUGAGGCUGUUAAUGGUGUAAGAGAAAUGAGAGCUCCUAAACACUUUCUUCCUGAGAUGUUAAGCAAAGUAAUAAUCCUGUCACUAGAUAGAAGUGAUGAAGAUAAAGAAAAAGCAAGUUCUUUGAUCAGUUUACUCAAACAGGAAGGGAUAGCCACAAGUGACAACUUCAUGCAGGCUUUCCUGAACGUAUUGGACCAGUGCCCCAAACUGGAGGUUGACAUCCCCUUGGUGAAAUCAUAUUUAGCACAGUUUGCAGCUCGUGCCAUCAUUUCAGAGCUGGUGAGCAUUUCAGAACUAGCUCAACCACUGGAGAGUGGCACCCAUUUCCCACUCUUCUUACUUUGUCUUCAGCAAUUAGCUAAAUUACAAGAUCGAGAAUGGUUAACAGAACUUUUUCAACAAAGCAAGGUCAAUAUGCAGAAAAUGCUCCCAGAAAUUGAUCAGAAUAAGGACCGCAUGUUGGAGAUUUUGGAAGGAAAGGGACUGAGUUUCUUAUUUCCACUUCUCAAAUUGGAGAAGGAACUUUUGAAGCAAAUAAAGUUGGAUCCAUCCCCUCAAACCAUAUAUAAAUGGAUUAAAGAUAACAUCUCUCCCAAACUUCAUGUAGAUAAAGGAUUUGUGAACAUCUUAAUGACUAGCUUCUUACAGUAUAUUUCUAGUGAAGUAAGCCCACCUAGCGACGAAACAGAUUCUUCCUCUGCUCCUUCCAAAGAACAGUUAGAGCAGGAAAAACAACUGCUUCUUUCUUUCAAGCCAGUGAUGCAGAAAUUCCUUCAUGAUCAUGUGGAUCUACAGGUCAGUGCCCUGUAUGCUCUGCAGGUGCACUGUUACAACAGCAAUUUCCCAAAAGGCAUGUUACUCCGCUUCUUUGUUCACUUCUAUGACAUGGAAAUUAUUGAAGAAGAAGCUUUCCUGGCUUGGAAAGAAGAUAUAACCCAAGAGUUUCCAGGAAAAGGCAAGGCUUUGUUCCAGGUGAAUCAGUGGCUAACCUGGCUAGAAACUGCUGAAGAAGAAGAAUCAGAGGAAGAAGCUGACUAAAGAACCAGCCAAAGCCUUAAAUUGUGCAAAACAUACUGUUGCUAUGAUGUAACUGCAUUUGACCUAACCACUGCGAAAAUUCAUUCCGCUGUAAUGUUUUCACGAUAUUUAAAGCAGAAGCACGUCAGUUAGGAUUUCCUUCUGCAUAAGGUUUUUUUGUAGUGUAAUGUCUUAAUCAUAGUCUACCAUCAAAUAUUUUAGGAGUAUCUUUAAUGUUUAGAUAGUAUAUUAGCAGCAUGCAAUAAUUACAUCAUAAGUUCUCAAGCAGAGGCAGUCUAUUGCAAGGACCUUCUUUGCUGCCAGUUAUCAUAGGCUGUUUUAAGUUAGAAAACUGAAUAGCAACACUGAAUACUGUAGAAAUGCACUUUGCUCAGUAAUACUUGAGUUGUUGCAAUAUUUGAUUAUCCAUUUGGUUGUUACAGAAAAAUUCUUAACUGUAAUUGAUGGUUGUUGCCGUAAUAGUAUAUUGCCUGUAUUUCUACCUCUAGUAAUGGGCUUUAUGUGCUAGAUUUUAAUAUCCUUGAGCCUGGGCAAGUGCACAAGUCUUUUUAAAAGAAACAUGGUUUACUUGCACAAAACUGAUCAGUUUUGAGAGAUCGUUAAUGCCCUUGAAGUGGUUUUUGUGGGUGUGAAACAAAUGGUGAGAAUUUGAAUUGGUCCCUCUUAUUAUAGUAUUGAAAUUAAGUCUACUUAAUUUAUCAAGUCAUGUUCAUGCCCUGAUUUUAUAUACUUGUAUCUAUCAAUAAACAUUGUGAUACUUGAUGUA